GGAAGCCGCUGGCGCUACAUCCCAUUCACUGGACGUGAUACGAACCAUCCACCUCUCGUCGCUGUUGUCUCCCGCAGUGUGCGGCGAACGCCAGGGUAAAAGGCUAAAAUGGCGCUUACUUCUCAAGGAACAAAGAAAAAAGUUUGCUACUACUACGAUGGGGAUGUUGGAAAUUAUUACUACGGCCAAGGGCAUCCCAUGAAGCCCCACAGAAUCCGCAUGACACACAACCUGUUGCUGAACUAUGGCCUCUACAGAAAGAUGGAGAUAUACCGUCCACACAAAGCCAACGGAGAGGAGAUGACCAAGUAUCAUAGUGACGAUUACAUCAAAUUCCUACGUUCAAUCCGACCAGACAACAUGUCGGAGUACAGCAAGCAGAUGCAGAGAUUUAAUGUGGGAGAGGACUGUCCCGUGUUCGAUGGGCUGUUCGAGUUCUGCCAGCUCUCAGUCGGGGGCUCUGUUGCCGGUGCCGUCAAGUUGAACAAACAGCAGACCGACAUUGCGAUCAACUGGGCUGGAGGCCUGCAUCACGCCAAAAAGUCAGAGGCCUCUGGCUUUUGCUACGUCAACGACAUUGUAUUGGCUAUUCUGGAGUUACUGAAGUACCACCAGAGAGUUCUGUACAUCGAUAUUGACAUCCAUCACGGGGACGGUGUGGAGGAGGCCUUCUACACUACAGACCGCGUCAUGACAGUGUCUUUCCACAAGUAUGGAGAGUACUUUCCUGGCACAGGUGACCUGAGGGAUAUUGGUGCUGGCAAGGGGAAAUAUUACGCAGUGAAUUAUCCACUGAGGGAUGGGAUUGAUGAUGAGUCUUAUGAGGCCAUAUUCAAGCCUAUCAUGGCCAAGGUGAUGGAGAUGUAUCAGCCCAGCGCAGUGGUUCUGCAGUGUGGUGCUGAUUCUCUGUCAGGAGACAGACUUGGCUGCUUCAACCUCACCAUCAAAGGCCACGCCAAGUGUGUGGAGUACAUGAAGAGCUUCAACCUGCCACUGUUGAUGCUGGGUGGAGGAGGCUACACCAUCCGUAAUGUGGCACGCUGCUGGACAUAUGAAACAGCAGUCGCUCUUGAUUCCUCCAUCCCAAAUGAACUCCCAUACAACGACUACUUUGAGUACUUUGGACCAGACUUCAAGCUGCACAUCAGCCCCUCCAACAUGACCAAUCAGAACACCAACGACUACCUGGAGAAAAUCAAGCAGCGUUUGUUUGAAAACUUGCGCAUGCUGCCUCACGCCCCAGGAGUUCAGAUGCAGGCCAUUCCAGAGGACGCUGUACAGGAAGACAGUGGGGAUGAAGCUGAGGAAGACCCCAACAAACGGAUCUCAAUCCGCGCUCAUGACAAGAGGAUAGCAUGUGAGGAGGAGUUCUCUGACUCCGAGGAUGAAGGUGAAGGAGGCCGAAGAAACACAGCCAGCUUCAAGAAAGCCAAGCGAGCCAAAACUGAAGGAGACAAAGAGGGAGAAGAGAAGGAGAAGAAAACUGAGGAGGAAUCAAAAGAAGUAACAGAGGAAGACAAGGUGCCAGAGGAUGAGAAAAUGGACACAUCAAAGCCAAAAGAGGAGUCCAAGACGCCUUGAGGUCGUCUGCAUCCAGACACACCAGUGCAGCUGAUCAGGUGGAUUCUAAAACAAGUAUUUUUUCAAUUAAUAAAUCAAUGUUCCGUGUUGAAAUCUGUUAGGUGGUACGUUAGUAGUGGGAGCUUGUGCUCCUCUACGGGAACGGGGACAACAGAGUUCCAGACUUGUUUUUCUAGGACACCUUUUCAGCCUCGUUGUUUGUGGACUGAAGUCUGACUUUUGUUUUUUUUUUUGUAUGCUUUGUUGCUGUCGUCCUGACUUUUUAUAGGCUCUGUCUUUUCUCUUCCUGAAGCAACAUUGUAAAAUAGGUUUGUAUGUGUAAUGCUUUUAUAUAUCUCGAUUUCAUUUAUUUAAAUCAGAUAUUUUGUUUACUUGGUUUUAUGGUUUUCAGUCGCACUUUGUCCUGUGCCUUUCAGUAUAGAGUUGAAGCAUGUUUGUAAAGUAGAUCUUUUUACAUUUGUGUUACUGGCCUUGUCUGGUAAGGCCCCCAAGACUUGUCUUAAUGUAUAUACCUCAUACGUGGCACAGUGUAGGUGAGUUUUUUUGUUCAACAGGCUUCUGACACAUGCCAAUCUUUUCCAUCAAGUUUUCUAUCCUGCCUCACGAUACUAAAACUGUUUAAAUCCUUUCAACUGGUGCCGGAUUAUUGAUAUCUGGACAGUAAGUACUCACUUAAGACAAAUACCACAAUACAAUGAUUUGUUGUGUAUAUAUUUGUAUCCUGUAAACAUGAUUAUUGUUCCAUAAGAGCUUGAUUUUGAAACGCCAAUAAAAACUUCAUACUGUA